AUGCUCCUUCGUGACUUCACCACCCUACUCGACAACCAGUCUCCUUCCCUCUCGACCUCACUUACCGUCACCGAUUUCGUCCGAUUUGCAACCCUGGCAGGCGAAGUCCACCACCGCGCCGGGAAAUCCUUACGUCUAUCACCCGAUCGAAACCCUGUCUUACCCUUUCUUCAAUCUGCUUUAUCAAUGCAACCAACCGCGAAUCAUCUUUUGGCCGAUCUAUGGCACCUAUCAUUCCCAUUUCUGCGCGCGUGCCGAAUCGACCCAGGAGCUUCCAUCCGCAAACUCGGCAUCCAACUGUCCUCACCCGGCACCACAAACACGAACAUGCAUGAACGAUUCCUACGCUCACCACUUUCAAAAUGUAUUGUCUGCACACCAGACCAGUCAUAUGUGUUACACGUCCACUCUCGCAUAAACGGCUACCUGCACGAUAUCGAUGGCGUGCACACGGUUCAGACUGUCAUUCUGAAUUGCUCCAAUCCCAAAUGUGGGACAGUAUAUAGACCCAGCUAUUACAACCGAGACGGCGAAAGACUUUAUUACACGAAGGCCAUGGGCCGAGAAGACGAUUACCUUCAUGUACUAUGUCACUAUUACAUGUCUCGUCGAUUAGCCUACAUGUUCCGUGUCCUCCAAAUGUUGGCACAUGUGUCGCAUUUCAACCUGGUCAACUGGUACAACAUGAUGUUUGUAGAAGAUACACCUGCUCCGACUUUCACCGCUGGCCAACUGUUUACUCCGUCGAUGUCCGAGGAAGCGUGUCGGCAUGGUCUGACCCUUCAUUCUCUGAUGAAGCACGCGGACCGUCGCGGUACUCAGCUGGUGGUCAGCUCAAGCGGUGUGGACAACAUACGUUUCGAUUGUGUCCGUGUGAAAUCAGAUGGUGUAGAUAGUGAAACUGGCCAAGAGUAUAUUAAAUCUAUACGGGCCGUGGUCACGGAUGGCCUGACGAUCGGACACUGGCGCUGUAGCGCCUCUUCUGACCAACUGCGAGAGAUUGCUCUUAAACUAGGCCACCCAAUGCCCGAAGGACCUUGUACCAACAAACUUGAUAACAUCAAUGACCGUUUCUGCCGAGAUCAUUUCGUGAUACUGGGCAAUCGAUGUCAAGCUCAGCCGUGUUCAAAGGCCGCAAUUACUGGUUCAGAGACAUGUGAAGAUGUUGAUCACAUCAAGGCCUGGGCAGCGUUCAACGAAAAAAUCAAAGGGAACUUUUCUCUCACGUCGAUUCUCAAUCGACCAGGCUCACACCUUCCUACCGACCCGACUGUCCAUCUUGAUGCCGACACUGCGCAGAUUCUGAACCUAGAGGUUUUACAGCACGCAGAUGAGUCGCAACGAGCACACGAAGCGGCGCGCGAUGGGGGCGAGUCACAGGCGGCAGGGAAAUACUUAUUAUCAAGAAGCCGAACGCACAACGAUCAGCUGAUUGUUGCACCAUGCGGAAUUAUAUUAGCCAGAAAGACCUUCUACAAUGCGGAAUCCGUGAGUGCAGUAAAGGUUGACCGAACACAUCUACGCAGGCCAGUCGGACGCAUCCCGGUGGGCGGGAACGGUGAUCCCUGUGGAUCCCUUCCACCACCGCUCGCACGCCGAGUCCGACGAGUUUUGCAAGCUAUUCACUGA